AUGGGCGGGGCGCGGCCGGGAGCGCGAAACAUGGCCGGGCUCGGCGCAGGGGGCGGCAGCGGCGGCCCGGACCCGAGCGAGAGCGGCGUUUUGGACGCAGCGGUGGAGGUGUACGGCAAGCUGAAGGACCUCAGGUGCCCUUUCCUCCAGGGACUCUACCUCACUGAGCCCACCACCAUCCAGGAGCUGCUGUGUACCCCCUCCAAGUACCGCCUGGAAAUCCUGGAGUGGAUGUAUAUCCGAGUGUACCCCUUCUGGAAGGAGAGGCUCACCGCGCUCAAGGGGGUCCCCGUGGAGGUGAAGAUCCAAGAGAUGGUGAAGCUGGGCUCGGAUCUGCUGCUCUGUGGCCCGCGGGAUGAUGAGCUCCUGCAGGGCCGGGAUUGUGCCCAGAAGCAGCUGCACUUCAUGGACCAGCUGCUGACCGUGGGCCAGAGCCUGGCCCACACAGGUGCCAGCUGCCCCAGUGCCGAGGAGCACUUGGAGGACAUCAUGGAGAAGAACGAGGUCCUGUUGGACAGUGUCCUUUCCCCCAGUCAUCUGCAGUGGCUCAUGAGCCCUAGAUGCGACCCCUGGCCUCUGGAUGUGCAGCCCCUCCUCCUCGGGCUCUAUGACUCCAGCCAAGAGCAGCCGCAGCUGCACGCCCCGUCCCUGCCUGGCCCUGGGGCAGAUGUGUCUGCGCAGCUGGAGCAGGACGAGGUGGAGAAGCUGGCCACGCAGCUGCACGGGAGGGCGCUCAUGCUGGAGGCGCUCCGGGCCCAGUGCCUGGAGCAGCACCAGCUGGAUGUGCGUGUGACCUGGACCGAUGCCAACACCCUGGACCAGACACUGCACCUGGUCACGUCCGACUUCCACCAGCUCGUCCAGGCUUUCCUCCAAGUGUGUGAGCACGAGCUGGCCGAGUGCUCUCAGCGCCCUAGGCCCCAGCUGCACUCCUGUGGGCCCGUCAUCCAGGCCGUGGACCAGGUCCUUACCUCGUAUGGCCAGCUCUUGAAGGUGGUUGUGGAGGUCACUUCCACGUCGGGACAAACCACAGACCAAGUCUGCCAGGCCAGCAAGAGCCCCGUGGUGAGUCUUGCCUCCAAGAUGGAAGAGUUCAUGGAAAAAUGCAAGGUUUUCGGAGACACGCUGGACAGACGCACAGACAGCUGGGGCCAGGCUCUUCAGGGCCUGGGGAAGGCGGGCACAGAGCGGGGCACAGCUGCAAGGAAAUAAAGGGCU